AUGUACAGCCAGAAUGACGGGCGAAGCAGCAGCACAGCCAGAGCGUCAGCAGCUUCCACCGUACCGCACCGCUAUCCGCCGACCAGCCACCACGCGUACGGUGGAGGGCGCGGAUUUCUCGGCAGCUAUGGCUCGUCCUCCACACCAUCGUCAUCGUUGGAAAAUCAAAGAUCGAUCGAGGGUGGGCACAGUGCGAGCAGUGCGACCGGUACCACGACGACCAGUCUGUUCGGUGAUCCGGUACUUCCCUCGACGAGGCACGCCGAUCUGCUCGGUGGUGAGGAUCUGUACCAGAACCUGAAGAACAACAUCGAGCUGUACCAUGCGAAGCUGUACAAUGAACAGGAACGGCAGCGCCAGGCGGAACGGGACGCACUGUUUGAGCAGUACGCGAAUGGGGCGAGUGGUGUUGGUGGUGGUGGGGGAGGAGGAUAUCGUGCAGUGUCAGCUGUGGGUGGAGGUGCCAGUGGGGGUAGGGUAACAGUGAAUGGUGGAGUGGUGAAACCGAUCGUUGGGAACAAUGUGACGAAUUACAGUGAAAUGCCGGCGAGAAGCAAAAACUUCGGUAGAACUCAGUCGGCAGGCCUUGGCGUGGACCUUAGCAAUAGCAGAUCAAACAUUUUCGACAUGGAUCUGCUGAAACAGAACGAUUGGAUCGAUUUCUCCGAGCACGAGUACCAGCACAGCCUCAUACCCACCAACAGUCGGACCGUGGCCGAUGUGCAACAGUUCACCGGUGGCAAUAUAACGCGCCGGAUCGAAAAUGGCGUCUUCCAGAACCCACGGGCGGCCGCGGCGGCUCGUGCAUCCCGGCGCAAUUCCAUCACCGACUCGAGUGCGUACGGGAUGCGUGGACCAAUGGUGGAUAUGGUGGGUGAUCAUGCAAACGGUACGGCCACCUUUACCGUGCUGGGACAUGGACCGGUCGGCUAUGAGGAAGGAGCAUCGGCAUUGCCCGUUGGAGGUAUGCAUGAUCCUUCCACGUCGAGUGAUGGGAACAGCGAGUUCGAGCGUAUGAUGCGAUACGGGCGUACGGAUCCAUCGACUGCCAUUAUCAGGGAUAAGAUAAACACGGGAUCUAAUUUUAGAGUAUCGGAUGCACGACAGCACAAAAACACCGCCUUUACCAUCAUUAACGAAGUCCUGCCCAAGUCAAGCUCGUUCGAUUUGGCCGGUGGAAACAGAUAUUCUCCGUACCGCGAUAAGCAUCGGCUAGCUUCGUCCCGAAUCCUGUCCGCUAGCUCCGCCACACAAGGUACCUCGAACGUCGGUUUCUACGGGUACGGUUAUGGUGCUGACUUUACUGAGGAUGGUUCCGUCAGUGCACCGCACGGCCAUCGACGACGUUUCAGCAGCUCCGAACUUUCGCUUAGUACGAUCGGAGGACGCGUCAAAGACGGUCACCCGGCCGAAGGUUCGGCUCGAACGAAACGUCCAACGAAAUCGAAAACCUCUCUCUCACUAGCAUCGAAUCCGGGCCGAAGGCAACGCGGAGUGCUCGAGGUGAUCAGCAAAAAAUCGACCGUGCCAAGUGCCAAAGUGACAAUCACGCAGCCGUCAGAGGAUGGACGAUCGAUAACACCGACACCGAGUGAAUCGGGUCUAUCCGGAACGGGGACGGACGGCGAUCGUAUAUCGAUCCCAGAGCAUCAGUUAAAGAACAUGAAGCUGUUUGGCUAUAAACCGUUCUCUGGGAGACCUACGCUCUCGCCCGUACCGGAUAAAGGCUCGAUGGAAAGCUCUCAGGCUGACCUAAAGGAUGGAGCGGGCGGGAGUAAAGACGGCGGUAAAAAGGGAAGACCUGUUUUCAACAUUCGAGGGCUUCUAAUGUCACCCCGCUCGAGAGACAAAAGCAAGGAAACGUCUCCAGCCCGUGCAGAAGACAGCAAAGAACCUUCCGUUGAAAAGCAGACAAAACCGGCAGGCAAAGAUCCCGAACCACAAGCCUCACCACCGAAAAAGCGACGCUUUAAUCUUGCCCGAGCAAUCAUUGAAAGUGCACGCAAAGGAGGAAGCACCGAACCGGAGCCGGAAAAACUUCCCAAACAGCAAAAUGUAAAAGAGGAAGAUAGUGGCGAGAAGCGGAAAAUGGCCCUCAAGAUGAAGUUUGGGAUUGUGCGAUCAGGCGUGCGGAAAGAUUCGGAAGGGAACGGUGUGAAGGAGAUGCGAGCGGAUGGGAAAAAGGGAAAAGGAGCAAAGAGCGUGACUAAAUCAGGACCAGGAACGGCAGCAACGAGUGCAAAGGGUAAAAAGAAAGCUGUUGUAAAUAAGAAAGGAGCGAGGUAUGAGGAGGAGGAUGAUGAUUAUUUCGAUCCUUACCGACAGCGAGAACGUGAGGAGGAAGCUAGAAAAUCGAAAAAGUCCACCGGAGGUGGUGGAAUGUUUAAGAGUGCGCUCAACUACGCUGCAAGCUUCCGUACGCGAAGCGAGCGUGUUGGGACGGCUGGUCCUGGCGGACGUCGAAAGCCGGCCGAUGUGGAUCUUCCCAAGGGUGCAAAAGGUGCUGCGAAAGGAGGUGCGCAGAAAGGUGGAAUGGAAAAACUUACUCCAAAUGCCCGCCGGAGGGAUAAGAGUGCAAAGGCAGGAGAAAAAGACACGCGAGCUAAAGCUGGAGCGCCAGGGAUGAGUGGUACGGGACGUGUGAAAAGUGGAAAGGCACAGCCAAGUGGUGCUGCGGGAAAUAGAGCGAAAUCGGCAGCUGGUGGACGAGGGAAGCAGCUCCGGCGAAGCAGCUCAGCCGUUGGACUCGAUCCUGCCCAACUUCGACGAGCAAACAAACUGUACGAAAAGAAUCAGAAAGCUUCCAUGGGAGUGGGAGGUUCGAUGGGCGCUGGGAAGAGUGCACGAGGUGGGAAAAGCAGCAGUUCUUUAAUCCAAUCGAAAGCGAACCGUCACUCGGACAACGACAUGACGGGCUCGAGUGGAGGGCUUGCGAAAAGUGACAGUCGAGGUGAGAUGCGUGGUAAAGCGUCCGCUAAAGCGAUGGAUGGUGCUGGAACCGAAGCGAAGGAUCGGAUCGAGAAGCGUGAUUCGGAAAAGUCACUCAAGAAGAGUGAUAGUAAUAAAUCGCUCGCAACAAUGGGCGGAAAGCCGAAGAAAAGUGACUCGAAGAGUUCGUUGAUCAACAAGCGAUCGGAUUCACGAUCCAGUCUUCAUCAAACUGCGGCCGGUGGUGGAGCUUCGGGUGGUGAAGCUUCAACAGGGGGUGGAGAUGUUUCCGGAGCGGAUCUUGGUGGCAAGAGUCCGCUCAAUUCUCUCACUGAGGGAGCUCCAGAUGUGGCCGUAAAGUCAGCUCGACCCACGCCAAAGCUCCAGAGUAAAGGAUCUCUGCUGAGCUUGAUCAGUUUGAAGGGUAGUAAGCGAAACUUGGAUCGUGGCGCAGGUGCAGGUGAAGUUGGACAACGUCCCGACACUGCCACGACUGCAGCAACCGCAAUUGAUGGUGCAAUGGCUUCCUCAACUCGGCUGCAGUCAGCCUCGAUUAGAAACGCACCCGGCACGGCCACCUCCGGUGGUGAGGGAGCAGCAGAAGAUAUGGUCGGAUCUAGGGCGGCCGGUAUGAACGAGAAACCCACCAGCACGAAACCACUCCGAAGGAUGAUGAGCCGUGGAUCGUUACUGUCGAUCAAAAGUAUUGCCCAUGCACGAUCCUUCACGAACAUUCGGCCACCGACGGCGGCCGGUGCUGCUGCGGCGGGAGCUGACGGGGAGCCCGGCAGUGGUGGCACGAUGCCACCACAAACGAUGCAGAAGGUACAGGAAGGUUCCCAGGAGCACGAUGAUACGACCGACACGGAGACGAGUCAUGGCGGAGGCGGUGCAGGUGGUGCGGGUGGUGAUGGACAAGGAUCGAUGGGCGUAGCAACGCACGAGCUUACGGUGGCCGGUGACGGUGAAGGUGAGAAGGUAUCGAACGAGUACAAUGGAGAGCACCGAAUGAAGUCACCGAUGGCGGAGCACAAGCAGCAGCAAGGUAGCCGUAGUCCGGGAAUGGAUAACGUUUCAAGUGCCAACACGGAGUCGAUGCGUGAUCGGACGAUGGGUCAGGAGGGACCGGGUGGCACCAGCAACAGCGACGAGUUUGACGAGGACGAACAGGCCAAGUGUUCGAAAUGUUGCUGUGCCUGCUGUGCACCUUGCUGGACACGGACCUGCCUACCGUUUAGGCGAUGUUUCCGGAGCUGCAGUUCAUGCUGUGGCGGUGGUCGAAAUCGCCUCGGCAAGCGUAAAGCGGACGGUCAACUGGUAAACGAGAAGGAGCCGAAGAAGGCAACGGACAAGGAACCGGGCAAGAGUUGCUGGGAACGAUUGUUCGGUUGCUGUAGACGGUGCCGCAACUCAAAGACGGCACCGGAAUCUACCGCGAUUGUACAGCGAGCACCGGCUGGGGCGGAUUCGAAGCCGAAAUCAUCCUGCUGGCAGUCACUCAACUGUUGCGCCAGUUGUCGCCGGAAUAAGUCUCGUGAGCUAGUGCCUCGUUCCUCGAUCGAUAGCGAUCCACCGACGGAAGACCAAUCCAAAUGUCGCACGUGCUGGAGUAAGCUGCUGUGUUGCUGCCGACCGAAACCGGCCGACGGUAAAAGUAAACAGAUCAAACGCCACAAGAUGGAGGAACCGGUCGAGAUGGAGACGGUCAAGUGUUGCUUCUGCUUCAAGCGCCAGCGCCCGAAGGUGAAGGCGAAACCGAAAAAGAAGGUUCCGGUAAAGUCAACCUUCAACUGUCUGAGCUGCUGUAUGAUGUGCUGCAAAAAGAAGGGUGACAACCAGAGCAGGCGGACGAGCAAUCUGAGCAAGAAGCAGAGCAUUGCGCCAACGAUUCCACCGGAGGACUUGCGGCCAAAAAUUGAUAUGUCACUGGUCGAGCACUCCUCUUUGAUGCGUGGUGCUAUUCCGGUACUUCCAAUCUGUUUGGCUUACUUCUGUUUGUUCCUAAACGUAGUCUUACCCGGCACCGGGACAGUACUGUCCGGUGGGCUUUGUCUGUGCAUCGGUAAACCACGCUUUUCCCAGCACGACUCGAUAAAGGGCCGCAUCGGUUCGUUCAUCAUCAACUGCAUCGUUGGCGUUUCGCAAUGCUUCACCAUCAUCUUCUGCGUCGUCGGGUGGGGAUGGGCCAUCUGGUGGGGUACGAUCAUGAUACGGUUGGCAAGACAACAUCGAAAGAUCCUGGAGAUGGAAGCCGCCCAAGAGGAAGGUGAAGAACAAACAACGCUCUCUAACCGGACCGGUGCAUCCAAUCCACCGGUAGCGUUAGUGUCCAAAACGCAUCGCGACGUCGAAACGGGUCGGUAG